AUGCCUAUAAAUGGCAAUAAAGCCCUCAAGCUUCAGUUUGGGCUGAUUAAUUAUGAAAAUCGCUACCUGACAGCAGAGGCUUUUGGAUUCAAAGUGAACGCUUCAGCUCCAAGUCUCAAGAAGAAGCAGAUCUGGACACUUGAGCAAGAUGAGAUUGAUGGCCAAGUGGUGUACUUGCAGAGCCACCUGGGCCGCUACCUGGCAUCUGACAAAGAUGGCAAGGUGAGUUGUGAAGCUGAGAUACGGGAGAGUGGCUGCAGGUUUAUAAUUGUGGCACAGUCAGAUGGCCGCUGGGCCUUGCAGUCUGAGCCACACCUGCGCUUCUUUGGAGGAUCGAAAGACCACCUGUCAUGCUUUGCUCAGACCAUUGGUGAGCCAGAGCUUUGGACUAUGCACCUGGCCCUUCACCCACAAGCCAACUUGCUAAGUGUAGCUCGCAAGCGUUAUGCUCAUCUAUCUGCACCUGACAGUGAAAUAGCUGUGGACAGCAACAUACCAUGGGGUGUUGAUGCUCUUCUAACUCUGGUUUACGUGGAUGGCAAGUAUUGCCUCAAGACCAGUGACAGACGUUUUUUAAGCAACGAUGGGAAACUGUUGUUCGAAAAUGGCCGUGGGACUGUAUACACGUUGGAGCUAAAAUCAGGAAAGUUAGCCUUUAAGGACUUUGAAGGAAAAUACUUGAGCCCAAUGGGACCAACAGGUACCCUACGCUCAGGACGCUGCUCCAAACCAGGCAAGGAUGAGUUGUUUGACCUAGAGGAGAGUCAUCCACAGGUGGUGUUUCAAGCUGCCAAUAAGAGAUUUGUCUCCAUUCGACAAGGGGUGAACAUCUCUGCAAAUCAGGAUGAUGAAACAGACAUGGAGACUUUUCAAAUGGAGAUUGAUAAAGAGAGCAAAAAAUGCAAGUUCAGGACAAAUGGAGGCAACUACUGGAUGCUUGUAGCGCACGGAGGUAUUCAGUCCACAGCCAAUGAAGUAAGUGCCAACACCAUGUUUGAUAUUGUGUGGCUUGGACAACGUGUGGCACUACAAGCUAACAAUGGGAAAUAUGUGUGCACGAAGAAGAAUGGACAACUUGCUGCAGUCAGUGACUCAAUAGGUGAGGAUGAACAGUUGAUUUUGAAGUUAAUCAACAGGCCCAUCCUAAUUCUCCGGGGUGAGAAUGGAUAUGUGUGUCAUCACAAAAACUCUAACACAUUAGAUGCAAACCGUUCUGUUUACGACAUCUUCACAUUACAAUUCAGUGAUGGGGCAUACCAUAUUAAAGGUGCAGGAGAGCGGUUCUGGUAUGUGUCCAGCACUGGCUUGGUGUGUUCAGAUGGAGACACACCUGAAGACUUUUGCUUUGAAUUCUUAGAGCAUGGCCGCAUUGCAAUAAAGGGCAAAAACGGCAAGUACCUGCGUGGUGACCAGGGUGGCACACUGAAAUGUGAUGGAGAAACUGCAGAUGGCUCAUCUCUCUGGGAAUAUUGACACCUAGUGGUCAUUUUAAGGACGUUCUGGCUCCUGCUUCUAAUUGGAUUGUGGAAAAAUACACAUGUGGGCAAAAACAGAUGUUGUCUUUGUAUAUUAGCUUAUAUACAAAUAUGUCAAUACUUUCUCAAUAGCUAAAUGCUAGUAUUCUGGAUUUGAAACUUGAUAGAUAAGAAACCAAUGAGUUUUAACUCGACAACACAAAUUUUUAAGUUCGUCUUAAUAGUUAUUCAUUUAUUUAAUAAUUGAAAGUAUCAGUUAGCUUAACGCAGCUUUUACCCUACAUUUACACAUUGCAUUCUGUUGAUUUUUAGCAUGUUUAAUAAUUGUCUUUCCCAAAAGUUUGUGCAGUCUUAACAUCUAACAUCAAAGUCCUAAGUUCCUUAGGGAUAAUUUCUUCCACAGACUUAUUUGUCUUUCUUAUUUUGUUAUUCUUGCCAAUCAUUAAACAAUGGGUAGUUUAUGUUUCUGUAUUAAAUAAUGUAUUUCAAAUAUUUUAACUUAUGAAGUGUAACAUUCAAAAAAUGAU